CCAUGAAUUCAACCGUUUACCAUGGGGCGCUGGCUGUUAGAGUCUCGUUUGUGCUCACCGGCUUAUCCACCAUCGUGGUAGCACUCAGAUUCUACAGUCGCGCUUACAUUGUGAAGAAACUUGGUUCUUCCGACUGGAUGAUGCUCAUGGGUUUGCUCGCUACCUGGAGUUGCGCGGUAAUAGCGUAUUACAACAACUUAGCCAUGGAUUACAGCCAUGUCCAUGACCGAGCAUCAUACGCGAAAGUCGUCUCCAAAGGUCUCCUCAUGAUGUGGGCUUUUCGCUUCAACUACAUGCUCGACCACCUCUUCAUCAAACUCGCCAUCCUCCUCUUCUACAAAUACAUCGCUGCCUCGCACCGCACCUUUCACCGCAUCGUCACUGCGCUCAUUGCCCUCGUUACCGUCGCAAGUAUCGUCAUGAUCAGCGUCAGCAUCUUCAUCUGUCACCCCGUCUCCGACGCCUGGUCCUCGCACGUUUUCAUAAAAAUGUUUCAAGGCAUUAAACCAACACAGUGCCUGGAUCCCACGGGUCUUUGGUACUUCAACGCAUCUUUCAAUCUCCUCACCGACGCUAUCAUAUGGAUCCUACCUUUCCCGUUCGUGCUUCACCUCCGCAGCAUGCCAGUGCGUCGUCGCCUCGAGCUUACUGCUAUCUUUUCCAUUGGAAUCCUCGCCGUCACCGCGUCAGCCGUCCGUCUCUGGGUCGUCUCCAAAUGGCUGUCAGGAUUCGUUGAGUCGGGAAAACAGUUCGCCAAUCUCCUCAUCUGGUCGCAAGUCGAGCUGCACGCGGGCAUCAUCGCCGGCUCGAUCCCGUUUCUGAGACCCCUCGCCACGCAGGUACUGAGAAAAGCUACUGCUGCGAGGUCCAGUGCGCGGACUCGCGAGAAUAAUGUGCAUAGUCCUGGGGGUGCUCGCGAAAAUCUCAUGUGGCCAGAGACUACCGAGGAUAAUGUGGUUAUGCCUAGGACGCCCAUCAUACCCAGUCCGGCGCCUACGUUGGGUAGUGAUGGAGCCUUUCGGGCUGCACCAAAUUUGCUGUCACCUAUAGUGCCGGUCAAACCUGGGAUCCUUGCGAUACAUACAGUUUGAAGUGACAUGUGUGUAGGACGGGUUUUAUCUGUCACAGC